AGAGCGGAAGUGGCACGGCAAGUCCGCAGGUUUUAACGCAGGAAUAGUUUUUGUGUGUCCGUCUGUGGUUUUCUAUUUUAUAACCCGGAUCCACCGUUAACUCCUGCAAUUCUGGACCCGAACAACCAGCGGACCGGAGCCGCUUCGGUUCCGAAAAUGGCCCGCGUGCUAAUAGUUGGCGCGGGUCUGACUGGCAGCUUGUGCGCAUGUCUGUUACGGAGAGAGCUGCAGAACAAGGUCCGGGUCGUGGUUUGGGACAAGGCUAGAGGCGCAGUGUUCAGGUGAGUUCUGCACCUGUUUGUCUUCAGGCGGCAGGAUGUCCACCAGUCGUCCUCCCCCUGACGCCUCGUCUCACUCGGCUGACCUGGGAGCUCAGUACAUCACUGCCACGCCGGCCUACGCUCAGUCCCACCACAGUUUCUACACAGAGCUGCUGUCUGCAGGCGUCCUGCAGCCUCUCGACUGUCCCAUCGAAGGUCUGCGGCAGAGAGAUGGCAGUCAGGACUACGUGCCGCCGCGCGGCAUGAGCAGCCUGGUCAAGCACUUUCUGUCUCAGUCAGGAGCCGAGGUGUUCCUGGAGCAUCACGUGACGGCUCUGCACCGCCGUGGUGCAUCAUGGGAGGUGGAGAGAAAAGCGGGAGGCAGUGAAACGUUUGACGCCGUCGUCCUGACGAUGCCUGUGCCGCAGAUCCUGCAGCUGCAGGGAGACCUGGGAAACCUGCUCUCCGUCCAGCAGAGGCAGCAGCUGGACGGCGUCAGGUUCUCGUCCCGGUUCGCGCUGGCGCUCUUCUUCUCCCCGGGCGCCGUCUUUAGCUUCGGCUGGGCCGCCAAGUACGUCUCGGAUAACGCCUGCAUCCGCUACAUCGCCGUGGACAACCGGAAACGCGGCGCAGAUAACUCGGGUUGUGGCCCCUCCCUCGUCGUCCACACCAGCGUUCCAUUUGGCGAGAAGCACCUGGAGCGAGACAAAGAGGACGUCCAGCCAAUCAUCUUGCAGGAGCUCCACAGGCUCCUCCCUGAUUUGCCUCAGCCAGUCAGCAUCAAGUGUCAGAAGUGGCGGUACUCCCAGGUGCUGACCUCGGUCCCCGACUGUCCGGGUCACAUGACUGUCCUGGAGCAGCCGCUGCUCGUCUGCGGCGGCGACGCCUUCUGUCACUCCAACUUUGACGGCUGUGUGGACUCGGCACUGAGCGUGCUCAGUGUGCUGAAGGGCUCGCUGGCUAACAGCUGAGCCCCGCCCCCAUCUGCCAGCAGCCAAUCAGACUGUUGUCUGAGAGUGGCUCUGAUGUUUGUUUCCUCUAAAUAAAAGCCGUGUUUUCUGUC